AUGGCGCACCCGCACGUUUUCUCUCGUCCUCCAGGAGCGACGAUGAUAUCCUUCUCCUCCUCCUCGUCAAAAAAAGUGGUUUUCAAGUGUCAUCAUCGAGGUAAACGACGCACACGACGACGAGAACGUUCGUCUUCAAUUCGCCGCCGUCUCGUUUUCCCCGACAGUGUUUGCUGCGUUUCGAACGACGGUUCAGACGACGAUGAAUGGGUCGAACGCGCGUGCGUCUUGGCGGACUCAUCCGCGGGCGAGUGUGCGCCGCACCCAAAAUUCGCGUGCGUGAUUGUGCACUCGAAAACGAGAGACAUCCUGUGCGAAGCGUUUCAGUUUGGCCAAGCUGGUGAGAAGUGCGAGAGGCAAGCGGAGAGGAAACUGCGAGAAGUUCUGUCGUCGUCGUCAUCUCUGGCAAAGAAAGAAACGACGACGGAAACGGGAGAGUACGACGUGUAUUUGAACAUGGAACCGGUGCACGGAAUUGAGGUGUCCGGGGAAACGCGUUCGGUGGACGCAUUGACGCGCAUGCGCUCGCGCGGCGUUCGACGGAUAGUUAUCGGCACCAUGCACCCGAACGAGAAGUUUCGAGGGAACGCGAUUAAGGAGUUGGUCGAGAGGGGAGGUUUUAAGAAAGAACAGAUUGUGGUGUGUAAAACGAAUACGCGAGGGGCGAUGUGUGCGAGGAAAGUAAACGAGGCUUUGUUGUAUAGAUGUGCCACGGGCGGGUACCCUCACGGCGUGUAUAAAUACGCGAUGACUUUAGACGGGAAGAUUGCGAGUUCGAGCGGGAAGUCAAAGUGGGUGACGGGACCGGAAUCGAGGGAAACGGUAUUUCACGAGAGAGCGAGGUCAGAUGCGGUGAUUGUCGGUGGUGGGACGUUGCGGACGGACGAUCCGAGGUUGACCAGUCGGAAUGGGGACGGGACGUUGACGCACGCGUAUCAGCCGGCGAGGGUGGUGUUGUCGAGGUCGUUCGACGUGCCAGAAGACGCGAGGUUAUGGGAUACGUCCGUGGCUUCUACGAUUGUGAUGACGUCGGCGAGUCACGGAAAACCAGCUUUGGCGAAGAUAUUGAGAGAUAAAGGCGUAGACGUGGUAGAAUUUGAGGGCGAGUUUACCAUGGAUAAAGUUUUAGACGAGAUGCGCCAGAGAGGCUGGUUGCAAACGUUUUGGGAGUGCGGUGGAACGCUCGCAGCGCCGGCUAUUACGGCUGGUGCGUUUUCGCGGGUGUUGGCAUUUGUAGCGCCGAAAAUCGUUGGCGGUGGUUCGAAAGCACCGACGCCGAUGGGCGAUUUUGGAUGCGACGCAAUGGCGGACGCGGUGCCUUUGAAAGCGACCGACGCCAAGGUGUACGGAAGGGACGUCUUGAUUACCGGAUACUUACCAAACGCGUUCGCAAAAGGUAGAUUAAAACGAUUUGUCGAAGGUGGGUGGAUGGAUGGUAAACGGGAUGGAUUUGUGGACGUCGGUGAAUCAUCGGACGAUUCCGAACGCGUGGAUACGUUUGGCGAAAACGAGGUUCUGGCGGACGUGGAGCAGUGUUGCGCGGACGAAGCGGAAUCUAAUGACAAUGAAAAAGACGACAAUGCGAGCGACGAGAUUCGGUUUUACAAAUCCUGGGACACGUACAGCGCUCUCUCAAACUUUAGCGCGCACGCGGUCGAUAUCGACGGAGAAAACUGGCUGACGUCUGAAUCGUACUAUCAAGCGCAAAAAUUCGACGAUUCGCACCCCGACGGCGUAGAAAUCAAAAAUGCUAUUCUUAAAGCGAAUUCUCCAGAAAAAGCGAGCAGAAUUGGACGAUUAAAACAACGCGAAAGACCAGAUUUGUUGAAGAAAGAUUGGAACUCGAUUAAAAUACACGUCAUGGAUCGCGUCUUGCGCGCAAAGUUUACGCAGCACCGGUCGGCGCAAUCCUUGCUUCUAUCCACCGGUCAAAAACGUUUGGUCGAAGACUCGCCCGUUGAUAACGUUUGGGGGAGUGGGCGAAACAACGACGGCAAAAACUUGUUAGGUGUGGCGUUGAUGAAGCUGCGCGAUGAGCUUUGA